AUGGUGCUGCUCAGGCCCCUGGUGCUUCUUCUUGCUCUGGUUGUCUCUGACCUCCACUGCCUGCCCUGGUUCAUAAAUGUCUCUGAGAGCCAGGGACCUGGCACCAUCCUUCAGUCUUUCUCCUUCAACUGCUCUUCAUACACACCCACCCUGGAGUUGCUCCAUGUGCAGCCACCCACCACCUUCUUCAACCCACCUAGCCUAACUAGAUGGCAGGGGAUCUAUGUGGGCAAGAUGACCUUGAGCAGCUCAGCCCGGCUGGAUGCCCUGACAGUGAACCACUAUGAGCUGCAGCUGCGGUUCACAUGUGGCAACCAUGUGAUGGAGGGACCACUCUCUGUGGAUGUGCAGCGGGACCCUGGCCGUAUCCAGUGUGCUGGUCGAUUUGCCAGCCCAGCUGGGGAAAUCAUUCAGGUGCCAGAAACUGUCAAACCUGGGGCCCGGCUGUACACUCUGCUGCUCCCAGGCCAGGGAGCCCAGAUGAGCAUCACCAGUGCCCAGGAUCCGCCAUACUUCCCUGGACCUUUCUCUAUCAAUGGGCAAGGUUGGCUGCAGGCACCAUCCCAGGGCCUCAAAGGCCAGGCUCAAAAGGUCUUCCAGCUUCAGAUCCUGGUGAGCUUUGGACAAGGCCGAAGCUGCUGUGGGAUGCUGACAGUGAAAGUUUUGCCUGCUCUCUCCAGACAGGUCUCCUUCCUGCAGCAAGCCCAGAAUAUCACCAUCCCGGAGAACCUGGUCCCCGGAAGUAAGGUGGUUCAGGUCCAGGCCCGGGGCUUCGAUGUGCGCUACGAAAUCCUCUCCCCAGUGCCCUGCCGGCUCUUCUCCAUCGGACGCGUCGACGGAGUGGUCCGGACAACCUCGCCUCUGGAGCUGGCGCAAGCCCCAGACGCCGCGGUCACUAGGCUGCGGGUGAAGGCCUUUGAGCGGCUCUGGCCGUGGGCCAGCGCCGAGCUUGAUUUCAGGGUGGACGUGCAGCCGGUCAACCGCUGGCCCCCGCGCUGCACACCAGCGCUGCUGGUGACUCAAAUCCCCGAGACCACGCCUGUGGGCACUGUGCUGAAUACCUUCACUUGCACUGACCCUGAAUCUCCUGGCUCCGCCCUGGACUACCAGCUGCUGUUCCACAGCCCUGCUGACGCAGCCAGCCUCUGCCUUCAAGACAGAGUCCUGGAGGUGAAUGCCACACUGGACUGUGACACUCCUGGCGCCUGCUUUCAUCAUGCAGCUUCCAUCCUGGUGCUUGAUAGUGGUCAGCCUCUGAUGACCACUGAGGUGCCAGUACUGGUGAUGGUGACACCUGUCAACGAGUUCUCCCCAGCCUGUGUCCCACGCACAUUCCGGGUUCGUGAGGAUGCAGGGCCCCACACUCUUCUGGGCUCUGUGGUGGGCAAGGACAUGGAUUACCCGCACGACAGCAUUGAGUACUCCAGCCCUGGCGGGUCUGCCACUUUUGCUGUGGACCGUCUCAGCGGGGAGGUUCGCCUCCUGGGGCCUUUGGACUAUGAGCUGCAGAAGUUCCACAGUCUCACUGUCCUGCUGACUGACCAUAGCCAAGACCAGGACCCUACCUGCCACCGCUCAGGCUCUUGCACCAUUACCAUUGAGGUGGAGAUCUGGUUUCCUUCUGCCUAUGUCACCUAG